AGUUAAAAAGCGCACACUCUCAGCUGCCAGGCAUGUGCUGAAUUUUAAACUGAAGACAAGAAGUUUCUUUUCUACUGCGGACAGAAGAUCACAAAAUGACAGAGAAAGACAGAGAGAGAGAGAAGACCACAUGUCGCUUUGUGCCCUGUGUGGAACUGGGAAGCAAGAACUGCGUAAACCAGUAAAGGCGCUGCCUAACCUUGUUAGUUAAACAACUUUCAGAUAAUCACUGAGGCAAAAUGGUGGAGAGUUUGGCAAGUAUUUGUUGCCACAAAGCAUUUGUUUCUAAUUUAUUUUUCUACGUGGUGUCGCUAAUUUAUUGGGAAGGAAUAUGAAAGGCAAAGAUUCCUUUGUACUGUUUCAGACAGCAAAAAUGAAAGCAAUUGAAAGACCCAUCUCUCUUGCCUGAUAUCUAUUCCGAAAUUUAUACAACCCAGAUUAUUGAUGAAUUGCUGGUGCACUGCACUGGCAUGGCUCAUUCAUUUGACUCCGCAAGAAGGGAGAUGACUAAUGCUAUACACACCAGCAACCAUGCUGGUCGUGCAAACACAGCAACAAAGUACCUGCUGAAGAAACAGCACAAGCAUGUAAAUGGACAGCCUCGAGGAACACGAUCUACCUCCCCCAUGGGCAGAGUGAUCCUUAUUACCGGUACUUCUCCAGUUGAAGCUGGCACUGAAGAAUGCAAUUCAGCUGAGGCAAUCCAUACCAUCACAGUGGGGAAAAACUUUGAUGGGAAGCUGGGAUUUAGUGUCCGUGGGGGCUCUGAACAUGGUCUUGGAAUAUUUGUUAGCAGAAUUGAAGAAGGAAGUGCAGCUGAGCAAAGUGGCCUCUGUGUGGGUGAUAAAAUUAUGGAGGUUAAUGGAAUCAGUUUAGAGAAUAUCACUAUGGGAAGUGCUGUCACUGUGCUCACUGGAAGCCAUCGCUUACGGUUGGUAGUAAGACGCUUGGGAAAAGUGCCAGGGAUCAAGUUUUCUAGAGAACUGACCACAUGGGUGGACACAGCAACAAAAAGGAUAAUAGCAGAAAAAGCUCAGAAUUCAACGGACAGUAUAUCUGAGGAUGGAGCCAGGAGAAUUAUCCAUCUUUACACCAGUUCAGAUGACGUGUGCCUAGGUUUUAAUAUCAGAGGUGGGAAGGAAUUUGGCUUGGGAAUAUAUGUGUCCAGAGUUGAUCCCAGAGGACUAGCAGAGCAGAAUGGCAUUAAAGUUGGUGACCAAAUCCUGGCGGCCAAUGGAAUAAGCUUUGAGAAAAUUACCCACAGCAAAGCAGUAGAAAUCCUGAAGAGUCACACACAUGUUAUGCUGACAGUAAAGGAAGUUGGCAAAUAUCCAGCAUACAAGGAAAUGGUGGCUGAAUAUAGUUGGCUGACUAAAUUGACAAAUAAUCAUUCCCAUCGUUUUGGCUCAGACACAAAUUCUUCCACUUCAUCUCAUUCAUCUGGGACACCUUUGAGCUCCAUGAGUGAUUCUUUACAGGUCUUCCUCCCAACUACCCACAGUUCAACUGACAUGGUAGAUGUAUGUAUUUCCACAGAGGACUCCAAAUCUCUUCAGUACAAUCGUCUAGAGACAAUAGAGACUGCUAUACAGACAGACCUCCAGCUGUCUCCCUCUUCAAAUAUUGACGUUUCAGGUGAACAGAGAACAGGAAAGGCAGUGACAGAGCGAAGCCGGACACUUGGGCGUACGGUACUGUUGAAAGAGACAGCCAUUAGAUCAGAGAGUUUUCAAGAAACUCGCAUCAAACAAAGAACUUACUCCACUGGGGAUUCUGCUGAUGAACUUUUGCACUCUCCAAAAACUGCAGUGCUGAUGGCCCUAAGCAAACCAAGGAAACCAAUCAGUCGAUCACAAAGUUAUAUUACGAUUGGAGAGGACAAGAAGAAAAAGAAAAAGAAGCAAAAGAUUCCUGCGGAAGGAACAAAGUUGGAGCGCUCCAAAACUUUUGUGAACAUGUUUUUUAGAAGCGUUCGAUCAGGGAGGCCUUCAAGUGAGCAAAAUCCAAAAGAAAAGCUCAGGUCCAAAUCCCCAUCUCGCUCAGAAUCAGAUAAAGAUAAAGAAAGAGGUAAUCACUUUAACAUCUUGGGCUCUCAAAGAGAUCAACAUGGCCUCUCAACAACAGAUAUGUAUAGCCAUGCACUAGCUGUGAUCGAAGACAUUGCUAGGAAACUCCUGAAUCAAGAUGAAGUAAAUGCAGUUUUGCGUCACUGUAAGCAGUUUGUUUCAGUUGGUGGAGUGGAAGACCUGGUGCGGCCAUUACUUUCUAUAUUAGAUAAACCAGAGAAACUGCUGAUAUUGAGAGAGAUCCGGGCCAUUAUUGGACCAACAGAUCUGGGCAGGUUUGACAGUAUGGUGAUGCCUUAUGAACUGGAAGCAUAUGAUAUUCUGAAAAACAGAGCAGGGAGAUCUCCAGUACUUAGGCCUGCUGACAAUGGACUGGCUCCAAAAAGACAUUUGAUCACACCAAUUCCAGAUUAUAGAGGUGGCUUUCAUUUGAAACCGUCUCAGGAUUAUGAAAAGGAAAGAAUGAUGAUGGAAGAAAUUGAAAGGCUGAGGAUAUCAGGCUCCCCACAGAAAGAAAGUAACACUAAAUCAUUCACAGCUUUAGAAGAUGUGCCAGUGGAUUCGUACAACACAGACAGUACUUCAUUUAAAUCUGCCUCAGGCAGUCCAGUGAGGUCAAACUGGUUGUUGACAGAGUCCUUUAGAACUCCAGAACUGCUAUCUGCUGCAAAGCAGGAUGUGAAUACAGUCCCAUCUGAGAAGCCUGGCAAUGGCAAAACUGGAAUAACCAAAUCAAGCCAUCAGAAAACUAAAGAAGAGAAAACAGAGAAAAUUAAAGAUUCGCCAUUGUAUUCAGUGGUAAACAAAUCUAAAAAAACAAGACCUUUAUUAGACCAGGUGUUUGGAGAAACUUUGCCUGCGUCGUCUCAUAGCAGAGAAAAGGUAAACACAACUAUACAUGGCCAAAAUGGCCUUGAGGAAGAACCAAUAUAUGCUGAGAUUGAUGAAUUCUUGGAAAAUGGGCAUGCAGAAAGGAAGAGCACCAGUGAAGGAAUAACAAGAUCAGUGAAAAGCUUAGAAAACAAAAUACAAGAGUAUGAGCUGGUGACAGUCAACAUUUCCAAGAUGAAACAAUCAUUGGGAAUCAGUAUUUCGGGUGGUAUUGAAUCUAAGGUCCAACCUGUUGUGAAAAUAGAGAAGAUUUUCCCAGGAGGGGCUGCGUCAGUCAAUGAAACACUUAAGGCUGGUUAUGAAUUGAUUUCAGUUGAUGGAAAAAGCCUACAAAACGUCACACACCGACAAGCAGUGGAUAUAAUCCGUCAAUCUUACAGUAACAAAUCUCUGGAUCCAAUGGUGUUCGUGGUUAAGGUACCCAAGAGCAGCUGAAGACUAAAUCUGUCAGGACCAAGAUGGACCUUUGGCAUAUAAUUUGGGAUGACCACAUAUUACAGACAUUUUUAAAUGUAUGAUGGGAGUCCUCCAACGGAACUUCAAUUGAUUUGAAAUCUGUAAACCACUUUACUGUUGAUUUUAAAAGCAAUUUACAAAACAUUUCAUACAGUGGAUGGACACUGUUUUCUAUAUUAUCCAUAAGUGAAUGAGUCAUUACUCUCUAUGCAUAUGACUCCCAAAAAUAGAUUCUUACACAGUUCCUUCUUGAGCAGAUGGUCUGUAAAUCAUUUUAUGGAAAACAUGCUCAUUGUAAUUUUUCAUGUCAAGCUCAAGAAUGUGAGUUGGAUGGUCUGGUGUAUAAUGUUAAACACUAACAUCCAUCACAAUGCACCAUAUGUUUAAAAGUUGAUCGUGAACUGACUUGUGGGCAGGAUGGGGGCUGUGGUUCGUGUACACAUUUACCACAUAAUUUGUGUGCACCAUUGAUCUACCAUUUAGGAUUUUUUUUUUUGCACAAGAAUUGUUCAUGACAGUACCGCUGGGAGUGUCCAUUCUUUGGGCAGUUGUUACACAUAAUUGUGGUAUAGUCGUGGCAUUUACAAGCUUCAACUUGCAAGCUUCUGAAGAAUGCUCAGUGAAGCAUUCUUCACUCAGGUUGUAGAAGAAUAGUUGAAUAUUUAGAUGAAGUCAUAAUUGGUUGCAAAUAUUUUUCCUUGAACCAUGCAGGCUACUUUACUGCAGAUAAAUCAAGUAACUAUAGUAUUUAGUUAAUGCUGCUUUUCGCCGAUAUGAAUGGAAGAGGAACCUAAAUAACUUGAGGCUGGAUUUUACAGGGGAUGGAUUACCACCCUCCCUGUAUUAAAGGUCUGUUGGCCUCUUGCCGACCAGCAAUCCUGCCAUCCUGCAGUGGUAUUACACUGGGUGUGGCCUUAAUAGGGUCAGAAUGCACUUCCGCCCCCUCGGGGACAAGAAGUCCAACCUGAUUGUUGGCAGCUCUGUAGCUCCAGCAGCACCAUAAGAGAGUGGUAGCCACUGCUGGGACUACAAUCAGUCCCCAGAGAAGAUGGAUACUGGACUUGGGUAAGUCUGGGGAUUUUGGGGGAGCACAGCUGGGAGACCCCAGGAGGUACCCCUCUUCCUCCCCACCUUCAGCCUGUGCAGGUGAAAGCUGCCAGACUGGUUGCCCACCUUCUGCUUUCCCCGUAAACCGAAAAACUGCAGUGGAGGGGGAAUGAAGCCCUUAAGUGUUGGUUCAGUGUACACAUAAGACCUCAAUAGGUCUAAGCUCAGGCGUGUUGCCUGGCUCCUUAUCCCCCUCCCCCACUUAUUAUGAGGGACAGGUUGGGGUUGGACGGAAAGGCAACCCAAUUUAUUUUAGUUGCCCCCUCCCUCCCCACAUCCCCCCGCCUUCAAAUACGCCAGUGGGGGUGGGCUGUAAAAUUCACUCCUUGGUGUUCUUGGGUAAAAUUCCCACUCCUUCCCAUAUACUCUGUCCCUGUAACUCAUGCAGGUUCUCAAUAAAAGCUUCAUGAUACUAUCAAAAUGAAAGGUUUACCACUGUUAGGGGAAAAAAUAACCUUGUGUGAGUCAUAACUUAAAUUUAGUGGAAGUUACAGAACUUCACUUCAUGAGGUCAUUUGAUCUGUGUGUUUUCUAUUUAAAUGAUUACUUUUAAUUUUUACCAUUAAUACAGAUUAAGUACAUGUCUGUUAUAAAUUAAAGAAGCCCUUCAAAAAUGCACCCUCUAUUUAUGAGUACACAACUAAAAAAUACAGAUAAGUGAACCUUUCUUGGUAAUUCAGACUUUCUCAAUUCAAACCCCAAACAAUCAUGACGUACUUGAAUAUAUUCAAAGAUAUGUACAUAUUUGAUUGUAAAUGGCAUUGUAUUUUUUUUAUUAAGAACACAACUGCAUGUGUGCAAAACUCCGUGCAUGCUGCACCGGCAUUUUCUAACUAGAAUUGAACAACAUCAGCAAAUGUUCAAAUUCUCUCAAUCGAAUCAAAUGCCCUUUACCUUUCUCCCUUAAUGUCCCCAGUAAAAGUUAGCACAAUCAUCCCUUAGUGAAAGUACUGGAGAUACUGAGUUUCCCACCUACAUGUUUCUGUCAUUGGUCAUUUGUCAGGCUAUAUACAUGUACAUAAUUCAUAUCAUUGAAUGCUUGAUAGCACCUAGGCACUUAUACAUUAAGCCAGUGCUAUCAACGGCAAAGUACAGUUGGUCUGUCAUUAACAGCACUCUUUUGUAUUAAGCUGGUUGACCUCCAGGUACAUAAUGGCAUCAGAAACUCACAAUUUUUAUGGGACCCAUCAGCUGCUGUCAGUCCUACUUAUCUCUCAAUGAUAGGAUUUUUUUAGCAGCAGCACCUCCAUAAACAAAAGGGCAGCAGUACACAGCGUAAUUGUCUCUGAGUGGUGCCCUCAUGGGACUGCAUAUUAAAUAUAAGUGCCUCCCUGACACAUCCAGAAAGAUCUUUGAAGAAAGGUGAUAAUACAAUGCUGUCAUCGACACAUUAUCACCAAGUUCCAGAUUCAUUCUAUGCAAUGGGUAUUAUUGUAUAUGUUUUUAAGAUUACUGUUAUAAAUGUGAUCAUAGAAUUACCUGAAUCUGUUUACAACCAAUUUUUAACCAAAAAUUUGCAUUGUGGUACAUGGCAACUAUGCAAUCCAAUCCAACAAAUUAACUCUGUGCAGCUUGUGACCCUUGAUAAUCUGUAGCAAAAAAGUGCCUUAAUUUUGUUUAUUAGCUUAUUUCUCUACCAAAACACCAAAUAGCAAAAUUAUUGUGAUAUAAUUUCCCCCAUUGUUUCUUUGUGAAAUAAAACUUGGCAUUGAUA